AUGUAUAAGACGAUCUGUUUGUUGCUGGCGUACAAGGUGAAAUAUCCCGAGAAUUUCUUCCUUUUACGCGGCAAUCACGAAUGCGCUAGCAUUAAUCGCAUUUAUGGAUUUUAUGACGAGUGUAAACGUCGCUUCUCAAUCAAACUAUGGAAAACGUUUACGGAUUGCUUCAACUGUCUCCCAAUAGCAGCUUUGAUAGAUGAAAAGAUUUUUUGCUGCCAUGGUGGCCUCUCUCCGGAUUUGCAAAAUAUGGAACAGAUUCGACUUCUAUGUGACUUACUGUGGUCUGAUCCAGACAAAGACGUCCAGGGUUGGGGCGAAAACGAUCGAGGUGUGUCGUUCACGUUUGGCCCAGAUGUUGUCGCGAAAUUUCUAAAUCGUCAUGAUUUAGAUCUAAUUUGCCGCGCACAUCAGGUAAGUACAGUGAUAUUCAGCGUACCAGAUGAUUGUUGUUUUUCGUGUUACUGA